GAUUCCUAUGUUGCGUUUAGCGGCGCGACGCGCGCUCUCCUCCUCCGCCAGCCAGUCCGCCGCCGCGUUGCCGUCCGCCCUAACGCUCAACGUGCGGCAGCCGCCUACGCAGUCAGCGUCCGACGAACUUCUUGCGCGGCUCUCCGAGGCUGAGGGCGACGCCUCCGGCCAAAAGUAUGCCGUCCGCACCCUCGCCGAGCUGCUGGUCGAGGGCCGCGGCGAGGAGGUGGCGGUGCUCGACCUGCGCGCCGUCCCCUCCAAGCCGUCCGUCGACUGGUUCCUCUUCGCCUCUGCACGGUCGCGCUCGCACAUGCGGACGCUCGCGCGCUCCGUCUCCCACUCCCUCAAGCAGAGCGGCGUGCUGAUGUUUGGUGGUCCUCCGCUCAUCGAGGGGGGCGAGUCGGACGAGUGGAUGCUCGUCGAUGGAGGCCGCGCCGUCGUCUCGGUGCUGACGCGCGAGGCGCGUCGCUCGAUCCAGCUCGAGGAUCACUGGCUCGAGCUCGGUACUCUCUUUUAAUCAUUGAUGAAUGAAUUACAGCACUGCUCACCCAGCCGAGAUGUAGCCGCGAGAGAGAGAGAGAGAGGCUCCACCUAUCUCCGCACUCACGCGGCAUGGCCCGACAGCACCGGCCCGACGGCACAUCCCAAUAACACUCCCCAGCCUCGGCCGCACCUCGGCUGCACCUCGGCCGCACCUCGGCUGCACCUCGGCCGCACCUCGGCUGCACCUCGGCCUCGCCUCGGCCUCGCCUCGGCCUCGCCUCGCCUCGGCCGUACCCUCGGGUUGUCUUUUCUCCGCCGCAGGCGCCACUGUCGCGCUACAGAUGCCGCCACCGCCGCGUGCG